UUCUCGGCUACUGUUUCAUUUGUAGGUGAAGGUUUCAACAAAAUGGUAUUGCAUCCAUUGACGGAAAGUUACUACGAUGCCGAGCAAAAGAUAUGGCGUGGGCCCCAACGCAAGGAUAUAUACAAUGCCGAGGUGACCUUGGGCGAAGUCAUUUACGAGGUGUUGAAGAAGAAUCCUCAGAAAAUUAUUCAUAUACAAGAUGUUACAGGGGAGAGACUGACUUGUGAACAACUGCUCAAUUAUGCCGAGGCUUUAAGUAGAAGUCUCCUAAAACUUGGUUUGAAGUCUGGUGAUGUAAUCGGGUUGUAUGCCAACAAUUGGACACACGUGACCACUUUGAUGUUAGCCUCCUUCCUCUGUGGCACUCCGGUGAAUGCUCUAUAUCCGGGCUUCGACAAGGAAAGUGUUGCUUUAAUUUACAAACUAACGAGGCCAAAAAUAAUAUUUUGCGAGACUGACAAUUAUGGAAUAGCUCUAAAGGUUAAUGAGGAGUUGAAUUUAAAGGCGCCCCUGUUUCUACUAAAUGGAGAAAGCUGUGAAAAGGAUCUUGGUCACAUUAGAGAUCUAAUAUCACUGGAGACGUGGGAGGAAAGCAUCGAUUUUAAAUAUCCUUGUCAGGACCUGAAUGGAGAUGAUACGGCAAUGAUUUUAUGCUCUUCGGGUACCACUGGCACUCCUAAAGGUGUUUGUUGUUCCAGUCGCGCUUUACUUAAUCAAAUGGUUUUUCCGACCCUUAAAUCAGACUCAGUGGUUUGCAGCUUCAGUACGUUGUAUUGGGCCUCAGGCCUAUGGACCCUGGUGGCUUCUCUAACGAACGCAUGUCUUCGUAUUGUUACCAGCCAACCCUAUUCGUGUGAUUAUUUUCUAGACCUGGUGCGUCGUUACAAAAUAACUCAUAUGAUAGCAGCAUCCGCCAAUAUGUCAGAGUUGAGCCUGUAUGAGGAUGUCAGUAGAAUACAACAGUGCCUGGAAUCCGUUGACACUUUGCUGGUAGGAGGUUCAAAAGUUCAGCUGGCUGUGCAAGAGAAAAUGAAUGAAAUUUUAUCCAGUAAUACCAGAACACAGGGCUUCACUGUCUCCUAUGGCAUGACAGAGUUAGCGGGCAUGCUAACCUCGAAUGGUGGCUUCCCAUCAAAGCGCUUAAUUGGAUCUGAAGGAAAAUUGGUAGCCAACAAAAAAGUUCAAAUUAUCGAUAAGCAGGGCCAUCCACUGGGUCCCAAUGAACAUGGUGAAAUUUGUAUAGCCAUGCCUUAUAGGUGGGCGGGAUACUUCAACAAUGAGCAGGCCACUCGCAAAGCAGUGCAAGGCGAUUGGCUGCAUACCGGCGAUGUGGGUUUCUUUGACACCGAGGGAUUUUUGCAUGUUUGCGCUCGUGACAAUGACGUCUUCAAGUCUAAGAAUUUCCAAAUAUAUCCGCAGCUUAUUGAGGAAGUCAUUUGUCGCAUACCGGGUGUGGCAGAGACUUGUGUUUUUGGAAUUCCCGACUUUGUGGCGGCAAAUUUAAUAGCCUGUGUGGUAGUGCGCACUGGCAAUGACAUUGGCUUGCAUUUGACGGUCAAAGACAUUGAGCAGCAUGUCAAGGCUCAUAUGGGUAGCAUGUAUCACCUUAGUGGUGGCGUUUAUUUUGUGGAUGUCAUACCAAAAACAGGUUCAGGUAAAGUACAAAGAGCCAAGGUCUUGGAGCUGGUACAGAAACUAAAAGACCUCAAAUGAAAUCCAACCUUCCGGAAUAAGUAUUGUUAUGUAUAAUUUGUAUGUUAAGCCUAUCGUAGAGAUUGCAUGAAUUUGCGUGAUCUAUUGUAAUUUGUUUUUAUGAGUUAAUAAUAAUAAAAGUUAAAAAAUUUAUCUAACUCACACAAA